AAUAUAAUUGUUCUAUCUCAAUAUACAAAAAAUAUUACCUGAUGAACUUCGUUCAAAGAUUUUCCGGAUCCCUAUGUUCGUACCAACUACACGACUGAUCAACCCCUGUUCCAAAAAUAUUGGCAAAUCAUCUUCGCGUUGCUGUUAGGCGUUUUUAUAAUCUUGGUAGUAGCACUAUUUCUUUGGGUCAGGAUCUACUUCAAAGAAGGUGAGCAAGAAAAACGCCGGAAGGAAAUCGAGGCGAGCAUUCCGCACCUUAUCGAUGUCGAUCCUUACAGCGCACUUAAUAAAGAUUGCAGCAUCAGUGAUGAUGCUGAGAACCAUCAGAACGUCAGCACGAGCAAGCAACUGUGAAACGGUGAGAUCCUCCUCACAGUCAAAAGAAAAAAAGAUACAUAAAUUGCUUUAGAAAUGUUAUUUAGGUCUCGAUGAUUAUACAUUUUCGCCUAUUUUAUGCGUGUGUAUGUUUGUGAUUUUUUAAACCUUUUCCCUUUUUUACUGAAAAUACACACAAAAAAAGGCAAAAUGAAGCGGAUAAAUGUGUUCGGUCUAUAAUGGACCUACAUAUUACAGAAUUAUAAAUAUUCCUGCUUAUUGUAGAAAUAUCUUGUCUAAGAAGUCCAAGAACACACGUUAUCACAGAGUCCUAUGGGUUCCAUAUUUACUCAUGCACGAUGGAUAAGCGAAUAAUCACAUAUCAAUUGCUUUAACUUCGUUUAUAUAACCUUCUACGGAAUUUAUCCCACACACCGUUUGGGUUGGUGGUGAUACUUUUUCCCUUUCAUUUCCAUAUUUUUGGUUUAGUUUAAUACAGAACUAUGAUAAGUUGCUGUUUUUUUUUUGAAUGCGUAGAAUAUUUGGGGGAUUAAAAAAAUAUAUCAAACUAUUUUUGUGUUUGUGACUUUACUCUUUCUGCUGCUUCAUCCGGUUCGAUAGUGUGGAUUUAAGCGCCUAUAGAAAUGUGUAUAACCUUUUCAUCGAUAAUAUAAGGUCUCAAAUAUUAAAUUAUAUCGGAUUACUGAGAUAUUUCUCCUCUUUCACUUCUCUCAUGAGACUCCUCUUUCUCGCAAACAAAAAAAUUAUCAUUGUAAUUAAUAUAUUAAAUCUGAAUUGCUUAUUUUCGACCUUUAUUCAUGGUGUAAAGAGGGUGAGGAGGUAAUAUUAUGUAAAACGCAUUCUGUGCUGUCUUCCUAUUCAUAUGCUUAAAAAAAAAAAAAAAAGAACUAACAAUACUAAGGUCAAGAUUCUGAAUCAUUUCAUUUACUGAAUCAAUAUAUCCUUGUCCUUUGUGCGUGAUUCAGGGUGUGAUUGCUUGCUUUCUUCCGUUUUGCCUUCUCCCUUUCCGUGGUUGCCCCCCUCUGAAAAAAAAAAACCCACUUCAUGGGAGCGCUACCGAGUCGAGAGUCCAACGAGGACCCCGCGUCCUUCUUCCCCUGCGAUUGUGGACGACACGUCGCGGUGGGGGUCCCUCUCACCCCGCAUUUCUUUCCUUCCCCAGACAGCCUCGCGUUUCGGCAACUUUUUCACGCCCGCAAUCACCAAUCCGCCGUCUACGGCUUCCACCUCCACGCUGUGGACGGCUACCUCCCCCCCCCGGUCGCGGAAAGCUACCGAAAAGCACAAGAAGAGGACUGGGGGGACGAUGUCGCCGAGAUCGACCCCAGCCUCCAUUACUACGACAACCCAACUGAAGAGGAAAAAGGCGGGGGAAAGAAACCCUCCAAGUCGCGCGCGAUUGAAGACCCUGAAACGCUCUACGACUUUCUCGUCCGCCUUCCGAUCGCGGAGGGAGGAGGGUUGGUCGAUACCAACGUGGAGCUCCUCGCGGCGCUCACGCGGGAGUGGGAAUGGGAGGCGGCUGGCGGAGUCUUCCAGACCGCCAUCCCCCCUCCGCGGUUUCUCUCCCCGCUACCUAAAGCCAUCCUCGUAGAGCUCCCACGCACCACGAAUGGCCCUGACGACGAAAAUGAAAAGAAUAACAAAAACGAUCAAGAAAAAGAACAAGAGGUGUCCGUGGAGGUGGCGCGACGGCGUUAUUGCUUCGAAUCCUCCACAGCCUACCGCGACGGCCGCGUUCACCUCGUCGAGGAGGAUGGCAUGCUUUUCUACUUUGCUUAUAAAAAGCGAGGCGGAGGAGAACGAGAAGCCGAAGAAGGGGACUUUCUCAUCCCGAUCACACCCGUGCGCGUGGUGGGUGUGCACGGGCUUCUCCCCUCGCGAUCGCGCGGCUCCCCGUGGCUGCGUGGAAAUGACACCACCCCUCUUGAGGAUGCCGUGCUGGAGCAGCUGCCGUUUCCGCCCCCGGUGCGUCGUCUUUGCCGUUUUAUCGAAGGAACAGUCGGGGAGCGGGUACUCAACCGCGUCGCCCUCGCGGAGCUGAAAACGUAUCGGGAGGUUUGCCAUCGCGCGGGGCUUCCGAACUCCCUCGUGCGGCCGAUCUGGGCGCUUUUUUUGAUGACGAACAUCCCGAGCCUGCAGUUGGUGCGGGAGAUGUACUACCGCGCCCGCGCCGCCGUCGCGGAGGUCGAACACGGCGAUCAACGCCUUCGACAGCAUAUCAUGUAUUUGGAUCGGGAGAACGACUUCGCGAAAUUUCUGCGCACGAAUUGGGAGGGCGGGAGUGGCGAACUGAGCCCUGAAAAUCUUGAUUCCACAGCAACCCCAUCGAGGUGGAUUCCAGACGUCAACGUCGAUCCCGCUCAACCAAAUAAAAAGGAGGAGGACGAAGGCGAUGAUUUAACCCGCCACCUACCACCGCCUAAUCCCCAACGACACGCUGGUGACGAAGAAUCUAAAGAAAUCAAUCCAGAAGGGGUAAAGGAGGAAAAACAGGGGCCAAAAGACCCCGUCAUUCCCUUCUUUCAGACGAGUUUUAAGCAGGAUUUCUCCUCUCGUCUAGAACCUUUCGCGCCGUACGCCUUGGAAUCCCUCUACAAGCCCGGGGCGGCAGAAAAUCUCGUAUUGCCGCCGCCGGGUUCGGGAAAACUUCCGAGUUACGUCCUACAAGAUGAACUGGAAAAGUGUGAGGAGGCCUCCCACAAGGGAAAAAAGCGUAUCUCACACAACAAACGCGAGAAUGACCCCUCGAUGAGCGAAAGUGAAGAAACAAAACCAUAUUGGGUUGCACUGUAUAAGGGGGGCAUGAUGGAGACGAUCCGAGGGCGCUCUUUAUUGUUUCGAAUUCGUCAAGACGCGCUUGAGGCGUUGUUGUACUACUUCUCGUUGGCCAUUGCGCCCAAUUUUAUCGCGGAGUACCUGGAGCCCACGGAUGCAACCAGCCUCACCUACUGUGGUCCCAUCCGGCUCUCCGGCGCGGUUGGGGAAAGUCCUGGUGACUUUGAUACACUCGAGCGUUCCGAUCUCCAUCCAGACGUCCUCACGGAGCACAUCGCGCGCGGGUUAAUGCCGAUUUUCAGCGCCUCCGAUCCAAGCCCGCACGCGAGGGGCCCCAGCGCCGAGCAUCGCCUGAAACGGAUGGUUUUACAGCCCCCUCCCGAUCCCGCCAGUCUGCUAGCGCUGCAGCAACAAUACGAACGUGAGCACGAGCACCACGUCAAAAGCUACGCCCCGGGCGACUUCCGGGAUGGGGAUUUGAUGGUGUACAACUGCGAUACAUUCACCUGGGAGCAUUACGAGCACGUACGCCUCAGGAUGCAAUUUGAACGCCUGGGAAUCACCUCCUACCCAACGGGUGAAGACCACUGCGGCAACCCCGCCACGAGCGUUCAAUGCGCACAAAAGGCUCCCUGCGCUCGCGCGGAGAAAGCGCUGGGGGAUCCAGGAAUGGAAGCGCGUGUGUUGUGCGUGGGCCUCGACAUCCUGCUGCUGAGCUGGUCUAAAUGGGUGAAAGACAACCGCUUUUUCGAGGACCGCAACGAUCCUGGUUGGUUACGGACGACGGAGACGCGCACCGGUCUCGUGCAGGUGGGUCGAUAUUUCAUUUGGAGCUGUCGUCUGAACCGCGAGCGGUUUUUGUACGGCGUCAUCCCGAAGUUCAUAAAAGAUCGCGUGAGGCGCAUGCGGCAUGCGAAUCGAAACAAAGAAACGACCGAGGCGAGGUCGAUCAUGGACCACCAAUGGGCGAGCAGCCGUAAAGCGCAGGACCAGCGGCCACAGGACGGACUAACGAAAUUGGUGGAAGAAUCGCAUCGCCACUGUGAUCGAUUGGCACCUCCCAAAGGUAAAAAAGAGAAGCUGUCUUCCGAAAUCACCGUGCCGGGUAUCCCCUCAAGGGUAAAGGGCGCCAAAAAAGGGAACGCCAAAUCGGCUGCGGAUUCCAUUCCAUGUGGAGCCGAGGACGAUGCAAUGUGCACCGUGGUACCAAUGAUAAAAUUGGAAAGACAGGAAAAACUCGUCCCCGACUGCGUAGCCGUAGAGAACAUCCCAUAUUACUCUUUCGGAUCCGAAACCGCGGUAGCCAUGGCAGAUUCUUACCCACACUACAACUCGAAUCGACGUCCUCACGAUCAUUUCGCCUCGUCGGUAAGCAUGAGCUCCUGGGGCACCUACCCACAUCAUGAAAUGAACGAUUUGAGCAGAAUCUAUAGUAUAAGUCCGCGUCACCUAACAAGUCUGUUAGACCAAUUCGCCUCCCCCCCUUUCCAUGCGUGUGGCUUUCCGAUCUCGAUGACCGAAACCCCCCUCGAUUACCACACCUCUCCCUCGUGGUCUUCAUUGACAAGAUCGGAUUCCUCCGCGAGCGUCGUCCAAGCGAAAGAAGGGGCGCGCUUCGGUCUCUACGACGACGCCGGGAACACCACCAUCCAGGUGAACAAACGCACGGAAAACCGCUACUUCCCACUCGACCCUUGCCCACCGUUAUCGCGUCCGGGGUCGAGCUGCACAGUGCCAGGGUCCUCUCCCUUCCCUCCUCCCCUUCCGUCCGGCGCCCCACGGGGUCGUCGGUGUUACGAGCGGCAUUGCUACUACCACAAGCACAUGCGCGGCCACAUCUCCCCGGUCGCCCUCGCCGAUGCGGUGGCGGUGAGUGGGAUUAACGUGCAAGUCCGCAUCCACUGCGGCCCGGACAGCUCGCAAUUGAACUCGUUGGCCUCGAGCCCGGUCGCGGAGCUGCCGGAGUGGCUAAUGCCGGGGAAGGAAUGA